CGCACUGCACGGCAGCUUGCUUAGUUGCUUGCGGCAUUGCAGCCUGCCUGGGACGAAUCAAUCAAUGUCAAUCGGGCCUUGCUUAGGUUGCCCUGACUGCCUUGACUACUUACCUUGACUGCCCUGACAGCAGCCCUGGGGCGUGUGUGUGUGCCGGCCGGAGCCCAGGUUUCCUUACUUACUAUUGCAAUCUCUUCCCAACUUGACCUACGAUUGCCCAUCCCCAGAUCCCAGCCCGCCCGCCCGCCCGUCUUUCCCGUCUCCAGUCCUCCUUCCCCUCUCACCCGACACCCAGGCACACUCCAAUGCCACUUUGGGUCACCGCAACACCACCACCACGACUGCCUCAGAGCCGCCCACCACCACCACCUUGGACCUUACGAUGUGAUCCAAAAGCCACUACGAAUCGUACACACCAUACUACUACCCAACCCGAAGCUCUCCUCUGCUCGAUACCAUAACCACCCACCGUUCCGAUUUGACUGAAGUCUACGCGACAACCAGACGCUCCUCCAACCGAUUCAGCCAGUCGACUCUGCGAUCCGUUUCUCCUCGUCCGUAACAAAAACCUAUAGUACGCCAUGGCACCACCAAGGAAGAACCAAAACCACGACGACAAGCAAGACACUCCCCACGAGGGAGGAGGCGGAGGAGCAGCAGCAGGAGGAGGAGGAGGAGGAACAGGAAAGAAGAAUGGCCAUACCGGAGGCACCAAGAUGCGACGAGGCGCAAGUUCCACGGGCUCGAGUCUGCGUGAGGUGACCAACGCCGCCGCCGUUCUUGCCGCCGGUCCUACUUCGCAUCCGCAUCCUACGACGACGACGACGACGACGACGACAACAGCGUCGACGACCACGACAACCACAACAACACAAUCGGAGACAAGCAACUCAGGAGGUCUCCAAUGGCCCGCCUUCGAGCGCGAAGUCCUCCACGCCUACCGCCGAGCCUACCGCCUACAAACCCCCACCGCCUACGCGAACCCCGUCCACCAAUGGGUCCUCACCCAGCCAGGCAGCGUCGGGCUCUACUCGCCCACGAUCGCGCGACGCAGGGAGUACCGCAGACAAAGCAAGGACCAGUUGACCAGCACGGUGCGCAAGCACUUUAAUGGGCUGGGUGUCCAGGAGAACGAUAUCAUUGUUGAUUUUUUGCACAAGAUCCGCACUACUUCGCAGGGGGUGCCGAAAAGAAAGGUGGUUAAGCCGCGGGAGUACAUUACGUUGCCGGUGGAGGAGUGAAGUGGAUGAAUUGAGGAAGAGACAUGGUUCGGGAAGGGAAGGUCUGAUGGGACUCAGGACUCAGGGGAGGGAGGGAGGUACGGAAGCAUCACAGCUAGCUAGCUAGGUAGGUAGCUAUCGGUUGCACCGACGGUGCUGUGAAAAGUCGUCAACAUUUCCCCCUUUUUUUCUCUUUCUUCUUUGUGGUUAUUUACGUUGUAUGCUGGCGCCCAGUUUGGCGACCCCAUCUACAAGUCAUAUAUGUUAUUCUACACUACUCAUGACAGACAGACGCACAACCUUGACCAACUAGGCUACCUAACCCCCAGUCCAUCCACUUCCUCCCCGCCACACGUAUCGCAGCGCAGUCAUUUCGGUCCCGCCAGUCUGUGAAUAGUAACUAGAACAGAAUAGAAUAUCGGCACCUCUAGAGCACAACGGAAAGUUCUUUCCACG